AUGGUUGGUGAAGAUGUACGCAUCUGGAUGCCAGAUUACAAAGGUGCUUUCACUGUUAGUUCUGCGAAAGAAUUAAUCCGUCAGAAAUAUCCCAAGUUCGAUGGCGCUUCUAUUUUAUGGAGGAAGGAAGUUCACCCUACAUUGGCUGACAAAACUGGAAAUUCAUGCCUUGCAAGUCGUUGUAUCUUAUGUGGAGUUUCGGAAGAAUUUCUAGACCAUAUCCUUUUCCAUUGCAGCUUUGAUGGCCGUGCUUGGAACUGGAUAGCAGAUAUUUUUAAUUUAACGCCUAAUGAUAAUAUUGUGGUUUCUUGUAAAGCAGCUCAUGGGAGAAGUACCAUGAUUCGUGACCUGUGGAGGCUUGCCAAUCUUGUCAUCAGGUUUGUGCUAUGGGCAACACGUAAUAGGGAAGUCUUUCAACGUCAACAACCAAGCUUGAGUUUAUUUUUCAAGAGGGUGGUGAAGAUGAUUCAAGACUAUUCAGUCCGGCUUAGGGGAUAUAUGCGAAAUUGUGCUGAAGAUGUUUUGCUUCUUGAUUAUUUUCGAGUGGUCCAUAGGAGUGUCAGACAUCAACAAUCGGUGGAAGUUUUUUGGCAGCCUCCAGAUGAUAAUGAGCUCCAGAUCCGUUGUGAUGGCGCGACGCGAGGUAAUCCAGACAUCUCAGGAGCGGGAGUGGUGGCUAGAGACGCUAAUUGUUCAGUUCUUGGAGCUAUAAGUUUCGGCCUCGGAGUUACCUCAAAUUAUUUGGCUGAACUUUAA